AUGCCCGAACGUAGUCAAGAACAUCCACGAGAGCAUUCGUCGACGCAGUCUACAGCGAGUGAUGUCGUCCGUCCUUAUGUACUGCCUCAACGUACAGUUGACGCGCCUAGCCUGUCAUCGCACUACACGCAACAUCAUUCCGUAGUGCAACAGGAACCCUUUCUACUUCAAGGCGAGCCCCAGGUAGUACUUCAGGACCUUGAUCCCGACGAGUGCAAUUAUCUUGAGUUGGUGAGGGCUUUGAAGAGGCGCUACGAUCGUCCAUAUAAGACCCGUGCGACUCUUCAUAAGCAACUUCAGCAACUGCCCGCAGCUCGUAACAACGGUCAAGACCUGCGUAAUACCUGGUUCCGCAUAUCCGGUAUUCUCCAUUGUUUGCGUAGAUACGAAGAUUUCCGUACGUACAAAGUUAAGCUCACUCAUCUUGCUAACACUGCUGCAGCACAGAAACGAGCCAAAACAGUCCACAUCUGCAAGAUAUACAGCACCGUUGACAUAGUAAUCUCGAGCUACUCCGUCACCAAUGUGAAGCACGAAACAUUUGUUCAAAUUGACCGCUAA